AAUCUCUCCCUCUCCUCAAGUUCAACUCAUAUCAACUCAACCCUUCCUCUCAUUCAAUCCCCAACCCAUUCAAUUCCCACAAUCCACAGGCCAAAUCCAAACCCAAGGUCAAAGUCCGAGCAAUAAUGGCCUCUACUUCGGCACCAAUCAUGGCGGCAAUGCCACUCACCUCUGCAACCCAGAAGAGGAUUCCCAGCUCCGACGCUUUCCUCAAGCCCCUGCCGGUGAGGCCUUCCAGGGCGGUGGCCAAGUCCUUCGGGAAGAGGUUCGAAGCCAGGGCUUCCCUGAAGGAGAAGGCGGUGACCGGCUUGACGGCGGCGGCGCUCACCGCCUCCAUGGUGAUUCCUGAGGCGGCGGAGGCAGCCGUGUCGCCGUCCCUCAAGAACUUCCUGCUGAGCAUUGUGGCCGGCGGGGUGGUGCUGGGUGUGAUUGUCGGCGCCGUGAUCGGCGUCGCCAACUUCGACCCUGUGAAGAGGAGCUGAGGUGCUCUUCUGCUUCGGCAUUCUUUUCCAUCAUGUUCUCUUGUGUUUGUUCUUUAAUGGCUGUCUGAUGAUGCUUUGUAGUAGUAAUUAAUCAUCUCUCUCUCUCUCUCAUAUGUGUGUAAUUGGCGGACUCUUAUAAGCUUCACUUCUCUCAAAGAACUUAAAUCUCACAAUCCCAUCUUCCA